GGCAGGAGACCCGAGCUCCCAGGACUUGCCGCUGCCCGCGCCCCGCCGCCGUCGCUGCCCCCAGCCCCGGCCCCGGCGUCCCGGCCAUGGCCCGCCCAAUGCUCUUGCUCAGCCUCGGCCUCCUGGCCGGCCUGCUGCCGGCGCUGGCCGCCUGCCCCCAGAACUGCCACUGCCACGGCGACCUGCAGCAUGUCAUCUGCGACAAGGUGGGGCUGCAGAAGAUCCCCAAGGUGUCAGAGAAGACCAAGCUGCUCAACCUACAGCGCAACAACUUCCCGGUGCUGGCUGCCAACUCGUUUCGCGCCAUGCCGAACCUCGUGUCGCUGCACCUGCAACACUGCCAAAUCCGCGAGGUGGCUGCUGGCGCCUUCCGCGGCCUCAAACAGCUCAUCUACCUGUACCUGUCCCACAACGAUAUCCGCGUGCUGCGGCCCGGUGCCUUCGACGACCUUACCGAACUCACCUACCUCUACCUGGACCACAACAAGGUGACUGAGCUGCCCCGGGGGCUGCUGUCCCCGCUGGUCAACCUCUUCAUCUUGCAGCUCAACAACAACAAGAUCCGUGAGCUGCGCUCAGGCGCCUUCCAGGGCGCCAAGGACCUGCGCUGGCUCUACCUAUCGGAAAACACACUCAGUUCACUGCAGCCCGGGGCCCUGGACGACGUGGAGAACCUGGCCAAGUUCCACGUGGACAGGAACCAGCUGUCCAGCUACCCCUCUGCUGCUCUGAACAAGCUGAGGGUGGUGGAGGAGCUGAAGCUGUCCCACAACCCCCUGAAAAGCAUCCCUGACAAUGCCUUCCAGUCCUUUGGCAGAUACCUGGAGACCCUCUGGCUGGACAACACCAACCUGGAGAAGUUCUCAGAUGGUGCCUUCCUGGGUGUGACCACGCUGAAACAUGUCCAUCUGGAGAACAACCGUUUGAACCAGUUGCCCUCCAACUUCCCCUUUGACAACCUGGAGACCCUUACUCUCACCAACAACCCCUGGAAGUGUACUUGCCAGCUCCGGGGCCUUCGGCGGUGGCUGGAAGCCAAGGCCUCCCGCCCAGAUGCCACCUGUGCCUCCCCUGCCAAGUUCAAGGGCCAGCACAUCCGUGACACAGACGCCUUCCGCAGCUGCAAGUUCCCCACCAAGAGGUCCAAGAAAGCCGGCCGCCAUUAAGCAGGUGGGGCCAGGUCCUGACCCAGCCAGUCCUGGUGACUGGCCUCUGCCUUCUGCCGGAGAGACUACUGACCUUCCCACCUCCACCGCCACCUUCUCCCCACAGCCUCUGCUGAUGCACAGAGCUGCCUGUACCUAGACACGUCCUGGCAGUGGGCCUCAGGCACUCCCCCACCAACCAGCUCCACCCGACGGUGUCCUGGGAAGGACACAGAGCCCCUCCCCAGCCAUCAUGCCUCCCCGGCUCCUCUCAGAGAAGCUGUUGCCGAGACCAUCAAGUCCAUUGGAACCAGAAUGGAGUGGUCAUCAGGAUGGCCACCCUUCCAGAAUUGUCCUUCCGCUGCUCCUCUUUCCCUGCCAUGUGAAAACAAACAUCAAUCUUUGCCCAGCGUUUGCUUCCAAAAAGGGUCAUAAGCCCAUACCCCAACUUUGCCACCCCCACCUGCCAGGACGUUCUAGCAGGACACCGGUGCUUUGCUGUCCAUCCCCUCCUGCUGCAUUUCUCCCCGGAAUUUCUAUAAAUAUAAAUGUAUGUAUGUAU